AUGGCAGAUCGCCUCCCGCGUGACGGGUCGGUUUUAGCUGAGCUCAACUUAGAUCGUAUAGAGCUAUGGCUGUCGCUAGCAGAUGAAGGGGAUGGGGAUACAGCAGAUCACAAGCUGUGCCUAAUCUUGUCUGCUCUGACCCAAAAACAAGAAGUGAUGGAUCAGAUUCUUAGUCGGCUGGAUAUGGUCAACGUCUUGGCCUCUAUGGUGUCCAGAUCGACGGAGAAGAUCCGCCAUGAGAUAGCGGUUGAUUUGGGCUAUGGGUACGCUGAGCCGGCGUCGAUCGGCGCAAAGCGUAAGCCUGUGGCCAGCCCGCUUCCUACGCCAGCUCCUCUGGUAGUCGGAGCCAGACCUUCAGGUCAGGGUCCUGCCGAGGAAGUUCCAUCUAUCCAGGUGGUCGAGGCUUCCGAAAGGAAGAAGUGGGGGCUCAGGCUCCAGAAGAUCUGCGAGCGCGCAGGAGCAGCCUCUGGGCUCAACGAUGCGAAGCGAUGCACUGGCCUGUUGCCGGCUGAGGCAGCUCGCCUCAAGAGUUUGGCAUUUGAGGUAUACGCACUGGGGUGCAAGAGGCUCGUCAUGCAGACCCCGAACAUGUCAGAUCCGCAGCUCAAAGCCGUCAUUGACGAGGUCUACAAUUUGCGGGGCAAGGAGCUCAAAGAGGCGGUCCCAGUGCCGCCGAAGAUGGUUCUUGCCCUAGAGCUCCUUUGCAUUAAGCUCAUCAAGGAGAAGAAGGACGCAGCAGCGAUCUUCGUGUGGUGGGUGCUCAUCCUGAUCUAUGCGUCGCUCAGGUUCGACGACGGGAUCCAUGUGGCCCCACUAUCACUUCAGAUGGACCAGGACGCUCUCCGGGGUGUGGUGUGGCAGACCAAGGUCGAAAGGAAGAAGCGAGGCACAAGAUUCGCAGUGCCCGCAUGCUCUAUGUCAGACCAUGCCUGGCUCGAAGAAGGGUGGAAGAUCUUCCAGCCGUUCAUCUCGGAGAGGGAUUAUUUUAUUUGGGAAAUCAAGAAUGAGAAAGAGUUCUCUGCUGCUCCUAUUUCAUACUCGAGAGGGUUGGCUUGGCUCAAGCACUUUAUGCUCCUAGGCCUUGCAGAAGCAACCAAGCUCGGCUAUGUGGCAGCCAAUGAAGUUGAUCAGCUGGAAGGAAGCAUCCAGGUGAUCACUUGGCACUCUAUGAGAGUCACUAUGCUGUCGGAGGCGGUGAAGGAGCUCUCAGUGGCCAUGGUCAAGCAGAUGGCGAGCAAGCUCAAGGACGCAUGGCUCCCAGACCCUGAGAAGUUCGUCAUCGAAGAAGAAGACGAGGAGGUCACGGAGCCGAUCGUGACUGAGUUCAUCGUCAAGGCGACUUUGCCAGAGAAAGCUCUGGUAUCAGCUGAUUUUAGUUGUGCCGUAGCAAGGCUCAGAUUUGAAAUAGGGAUCUUUCUUUUGUCAGGGGUUCAAGUGCCCAACAUGGUCGAUCGGACCGUCUACGCUGAUGAUGCUCACACGCCCAAGAUCGCGCUCAGGCAGAUUUUUGGGCGCAUGGGCUUGCCGCAGGCUCUGUGCCGGUCGGCAGCAGACGGCGGGCUGCUCUCUGUGGAAAUCUUUGCAAUGCUGGGAGACACUGCACAGGCAGUGAAAACCUCCCUCAGGACAAUGAUCGCCGAGGCAGAUCUCGGCACGACAGAUGCUGCCAGAGAGCUAGCACUGAUGCAGCUCGCAGCAGUAUGGCAUGCAUGUCACGCUCUUCAAGGGCAGUUCGCCACUCGGCGUGCGCGCAUGGAAGAGGACCCAAACAAGGUUCCGGAGAUGGCGCAAGAAGAUCAUGCUGAGUUCCGAGCGCGGUUUGUUCAAGCCCAUCCAGAUGUCAUUUUGCUGGACGCUAAGGAGCCCCACAAAAAGUUCGUGGAGAAGCUCAGCCGCGAUUUCUUGGUUCACGGCAUGGUGCCGUACUACUCUGUGGCCGAGAUCCGGACACGUGCCGACAGCAUAGUGCAGAAGUCUGGGCUCUCCAAGAACGCAGAGGAUCUUUUGACGAUAUCCAAGGCGGAUGAACCUGAUCAGGUCACUGAUUCUACGACCAUGAUGAACAGGAUCCAUGCCUUUUUCAUGGCCUUGGAAUAUCUCAACAUUUGCACCUAUUCUCGUGCGGCUGGCCCACUGCGCUACAUGCAGGAGCUCGAGCAAUUUCGCUCGGAGUGCCCGGGACUGCCUUACCUUUUGGCUGCAGACUCCUUGAUCAGGAAGAAGGUCAAUAGAUUGCAAGCUGAGCAGCGCCAACUUUAUGGCACGUUCGAGGACGCCAUCAUUGAGGUCCUGAACAACCACAAGUACCUUUGGAACGACGCCCGAACCAAGGCAGUUCUUUCCAAAGUCGAUCGGCGCAGAGAGGAAGCCAGCGAGACCGGCGACGUGCAAGACAAGGUCGUCGAGGCGGCGCCCAAGAGCUCUCCCAACAAGGAGCGAAAGAAGCGCCAGCGGCUCCGCAACAAGGCGCUCCUCCGUGAAGCCAAGGAUUCCAAAGUCAAGAAAGAUCCAGCUGACAAAAAGUCAGCCUCAACAAGAGACGAGAAGGUCAGCAAGGACAAGCGGAUCCCAGACACAGAGUGGAAAGCGAUCGUGCAAGCCGCUAGCUCAGUCUUCCCAGGAGAGGCAGGGCUGACACAAGCCAUCAUUGCUCGUGGCAUUAAGACCCUGCCCCCUAUUGAGAUCUUGGCCAACAAUUUUGUCGUCGAAGAGGUUGAUAUUUUGGAUCCCAAAGUUUUUCAACAUUUGUGCAAGUUAAUUCAAGCAGGGUGCAUUUUCUUUAUUCAUUUUGGCACACCCUGCUCUUCUUUCAGCCCAGCUCGCAAAGAUGAUGGCGGCCCCCCACCGUUGCGUGAUCGACACAACCUGUGGGGGCGUCCAGCACUAUCUCAGCAGGAUCAAGCAAAAGUCGAGCUUGGUAACCAGUUCAUGGACCUCACUGCGAAGCUCUUGGUUUUAUGUUGCCAGUUUGGCGUCCAUUGGUCGCUGGAGAACCCGGCAACGUCUUACUUGUGGGACAUGCCACCAGUUCCCUCUCUGGCCGCUCGCGAUGGAGUGGGCCGGUUCAAUCUGGACAUGUGCAGGUUCCAAUCCAAACACAAGAAGCCUACAGCGCUCUUGUCUGAUUGCGACCUCAGUGCGCUGGCGCUCUCCUGUGAUCGAGACGCGCGGCCUCAUGUUCACGAACCCUUAGUGGGCAUGGUCAUGUCCAAGGGCAAGAAGAUUUUCAAAACCAAGUUGGCUCAGGUCUACCCCACGCUUCUAUGUCAAGCAUGGGCAAAGGUGAUCGCAUCUCUGCAGGCUGAUCCGCUGGCUGCCACUUUUAAGAUGGCCGUGCCAGCUCAUGAACGGAAACGGCCGCUCGGCCAGCCGCUGCCAUGGGUCGUGCACAAGCAACGCGCGACAGCAGAGAAAGCACGUGAUGCAGGAUACCAGCUCAAGCGUUCGGCUCUACCGCCAAUCUUGCAGGUUGAGAUGGAACCUGGUCAAGCUGUUCAACAAGCUUUACAAGUUCCCCAUCCUUUCACUUUGGAUCCAGCGCUUGAUCCCGAUCUUCAAGAGGCUCUGGCGUUCGUCGUGCACAAGCCUCAUCAACUGCUUGGUCAUCGGCAAGGUGCUUUACAGUUCUGGGCUGCUCGGGCUGAGCGUCUUCUGCCGCUCACGGAUCUGGAGCUCCGUGCUGUCCAGGAUCCCUACCUGCGGUCGCUACUGCGCGGGGUACCCGAUGACCAACCUGUUCAGCUUGGCACGGUCACGCAUGUCGCCCUUCGCUGUAUUGACAGCUCUUUGGUGGACGAGAUGACCAAUGGCUUCUCCAUCGUCGGCGACAUCAAGCGCUCGUUUCGUUGGCCGCGAUCGCCGCUGCCAGAUGAUGCUCUUCCAGAACGAGAUCUUGUUUCGAGGGCCUGGGAGUUUUCCAACAAGGUCUUGCGGAACGUGAAAAGAUCGGAAGUCACAGAGAACACCUCCAAGAUCUGGGAGGCGACUAUGGAAGAUGUUCGAGAAGGUGUUACAGCAGGUCCUUUCUUCUCUAAAGACGAGGUCGACAAGUUCCUCGGCACUGACAAUUGGAUCCCUACUCAGUGGUUCGAAGUGGUGCAGAAGAACAAGGUCAGAGGAGUGGACAGUGCCACGAUCAAUGGCAUCAACACGGCUUCCAGGAUCCUGGAAAAGAUUGAGCUGCCAUCUACAGAUGCGAACGUGUCUGCGCUGAGGUGGAUGAGGUCUUCGUGCUCUAGCUCUACAAAGCUGCAAGGCUGGGUUCUGGACGAGAGAAAAGCUUACCGCCAGAUUCCUAUCCACCCUGAUCACCGGAGAUGGAGCGUGAUCUCGCUUCGCGAACCUGACACGGGGAAGAUCUCCUUCUUCGUCAUGAUCGGUCAUUCUUUUGGUUUGGUGGCGGCGGUCUACAACUACAAUCGUAGAUCUGCGGCCAUUACCGACAUUUUACGUCGGGUCUUUUUCGUGGCGGCGUUCAACUUCUACGAUGAUAAGUACGGGUUCGAAACCGAAGUCACUUGCUCUUCAGCCUUCGAGAUCGCUCAGAAGGUUCACUGGUGGCUAGGUGCCAGGUUCGACCCCAAGAAGCUCCAGCUCUGCGAGGACCCGACGAUCUUGGGGGUGACCUACGAUCUGAAAGCUAUGUGCUUGAGGAUCAAACCUUCACGAAAGGAGGAGCUGCUGGACGAGAUCAAGUCUAUCGUCUCCUCCGAGAUAUUGUCGCCUGGACAAGCAGGCAAAUUGCGCGGCAAGCUCAUGUUUGGCGCUUCGCAGUUGUGGGGGAAGAUCGGCAGGGCCUUUCUGAGAGCUCUCUCGGAGAGGCAGUAUACGAGAUCCCCAAAGACUGGUCUCAACAUUGCGCUGAAGCUCGCGCUGAAACAGUGGGAGCUGCUGAUUGAUCAUGGGCCUCCGAGACCUAUUACUGCAUCGGGCGCUCGACCCGCUGACUACGUCAUUUUUACAGAUGGCAGUUUCCCUGAUCAGAAGAGUGAAUUGCAAGAUCCUUGGAUUGGCGGCGUGUUGUUCAAGAAAGGUGCUAGACCGAUCCAGUUCGGAUGCAUAGUGGGCAUGGACUUGAUCGAGAAGUGGAUCCCGCGGAAGUCACAGAUCGCUAUGGUCGAACUCUUCGCUACGGUCGUGGCGCUCCAGACCUUCAAGCCUUGGAUCUCCGGCUCUUGGUCCUUGCUCUUUGUGGAUUCCGAAUCUGUUCAAGGCGCGUUAGUGAAGGGUUACUCCGCUCGUGAAGAUCUUUGCGAAUUAGUAGGAGUUUUCUGGAGAUUAGCUCUUGAUGUUCGCAUUAAUCUCUACAUCGAUCGAGUUCCAACGGAUUCCAAUCCCGCUGAUCCACCAUCUCGUGGCAGAUUAGACAUAGGUCAGUCUCUAGGAUGGGAUACGAUACCAGCGGUUUUUCCUGAUCUCUAG